AUGUUGCCUAGGUGCGGGGCCUACUCGGCCAUUAAGGGGCAGUCGGGACUGCUAAGAUACCAAAGAAGGUUUUUGCACCACCUAAAUGAUCGUAAGUCUGCGAAGUUUGCAGAAUGGCCCUGGGGAAAACCUUCUUUCAACCAUCUGCCGCCUGAGGAGCGAAAGGAUCCAAACGUAUUGGUACUCAGUUUUCCCAAGAAAGCCAAUAACUUAUAUACCCAGAAUUCAGACUUCAAGAACAUGAUUGACAAUUCCUUGCGAUGGGUUUUUGACAAUAAACUAUUGUCUUUUGAUCACUUUGAGCGCGAAGCAAAAGAAUGUGCUUUCCUACAACUUAAAGAGCAUUUUUAUGUUCAGCUGCGGAGCCGAAAUCUCGAGCAACAAGCCAGCGCUCACAACUUUUCCAUCAGAGAAUUUUUGCAACCAACAAAUCCAGCUUCAGUGUUGUGUCAAGUGCUGAAUAGAAACAAAAUUGCUGCAACGAACUGGGAGGUUAUUCGAAAUACCGAGUCCGUGACCGAGCAACAGAAGGUUAAUCACAUAGUUGGGGGGGUCUAUGACUUUAUUUAUGAACAGCAAAUGCUUCCCUCACUAGUCCCUACCAGAUCAAGUGUGAACAACGCCGACGACAUCGAUAUUUCAAACCCAGCUGAAUGGUUCCCAGAUGCGAGGAAACUUAGAAGAAAAAUUAUUAUGCACAUUGGCUCUACCAACUCAGGAAAAACGUAUCGCGCUUUGCAGAGGCUAAAAAAGUGUGAUCGAGGAUACUACGCAGGACCCUUAAGAUUACUUGCUAGAGAAGUCUACGAGAGAUUCAAGACCGAAAACGUACGAUGCAAUUUACUUACCGGGGAGGAAGUCAUACAGGAGCUAGAUGAACGGGGCAAUGCUGCUGGAUUGACCUCGGGAACUGUUGAAAUGGUGCCACUCUCUCAAAAAUUCGACGUUGUGGUCUUAGACGAAAUUCAAAUGAUGGGAGACCCAGACCGUGGUUGGGCCUGGACAAACGCAUUAAUGGGGGUUAACUCGCGCGAGGUACAUCUGUGCGGUGAAAAGAGUGCCCUGCCUUUAGUUGAAAAGAUUGUAAAGAUGACUGGAGAUGAACUGAUUGUCAACGAAUAUGAGCGACUAGGGGAGCUCAAAAUUGAGGAUAAUGCGUUGAAAGGAGGACUCAAGGGGCUGCGCAAAGGUGAUUGCGUCGUGGCCUUCUCAAAGAAAAAGAUCCUAGAUUUAAAGUUGAGGAUAGAAAAACUUACAGACCUCAAAGUUGCAGUGGUUUACGGAUCGCUUCCACCAGAGACCAGGAUACAACAGGCCAAUAUGUUUAAUAGUGGAGAGUAUGAUGUUUUAGUCGCGUCAGACGCUGUAGGCAUGGGCCUCAAUUUGUCUAUUGAGCGCGUCAUUUUCACUACACACAUGAAGUUUAAUGGCCAGGAAAUGGUCGAGCUAACUUCUUCAAACGUCAAACAAAUUGGAGGACGCGCUGGAAGAUAUAGAGUAGCAAAUGCUACCGCCAACGGCACCGAGAAUAGAAAAGCGUCGGUGGGGUACGUAACGGGGGUCGACGCUGAGGUUUUAGAUGCUGUCAAAAAAGGGAUGAAUUCCCCAAUCGAAUACUUACACUCUGCAGUUGUUUGGCCUACGGACGAAAUCUGCGGGAAAUUGAUGUCCCAUUUACCACCAGGCGUAAGGGUUUCUGCUUUACUGCAAACCUUAGCCACUGAAGUCGAGAAGAGCUCCGCCAAAGUCUUUGCGCUGAGUGAGCUGAAGAGCAGGUUGACAAAUAUAGAGUUGUUUGAGCACAUGAAUGGGAUUCCUUUUUUUGAUAAGCUGCGGCUCAGCAAUGCCCCUGUUAAGGAUUUCCCCUUGGUCAAAAAAGCGUACAUUCAUUUCUGUACGACGAUAGAGCAACGGCAAACUAGAUCCUUGUUGAGUUAUCCUUUUUCUUUCGACACCUUAGAUCCCCGCUUCAUCAACAGCGACAAGUACUCUCUGGAGCACUAUGAGUCGCUACACAACAUCAUAAUGCUAUAUUUCUGGCUUAGCAACAGAUAUCCAAGCUACUUCAUAGAUCAGCAAAGUGCUCGCGAAUUGAAAGAUUUAUGCGAAAUGAUUAUUUUCGAAAAACUUGAUAGACUCAAAAGGAAUCCAUACAUCAAAAGGGGUCCACCAGGGCAGCAACGUGCUUUCUCAAAUAAACAUUUUGGUCAUAAGAACAAAAUUGUGUAA